AGAGCUUUUGGAGAUCAUUGGGUGCAGGCCGCAAGAAAGAUGGCAGAAGCGAAGGAAGUAAAAUUGUAUGGGCAUUGGUCCAGCCCCUACAGUGUCAUGGUCCAAUAUGCCCUCAAGCUCAAGGGCGUGGUCUACGAGUACGUGGAGGAAGACCUCCAGAACAAGAGCGAGUCGCUCCUUGAGCUUAAUCCGGUCUACAAGAAGGUGCCAGUCCUUGUGGUGGAUGGCAAGCCAAUAGCGGAGUCACUCGUCAUCUUGGAGUUCAUUGAGGAGAUGUGGAAGGAACCACCAUUUCUCCUUCCAGAGGAUCCCUACAAGAAAGCUAAGGUCCGAUUUUGGGCUGAUUUCUUCUACCAGAAGUUGGUUCCCGCUUUCUAUGCUAUCAUGCGAUCUGAAGGCGAGGCACAGGAGAGGACAACCAAGGAAUUCACAGAACACCUGACCACUUUAGAGAAUGGCAUCCAAAAGGACUUACCAAGUGAAGGCCCAUUCAUCAAUGGAGAGAAGCCUGGCCUCCUCGAUGUGAUCGUGGGCUCAGCUUCCGGAGCAUUUAGGGUGGUCGCAGAUCUUGUUGGAAUGGAACCACUGGAGAGGGAGAAGGUGCCACUCCUGCACUCCUCGGUAGCUUCAUUCCUAGACCUUGAAGUGACCAAGGACAUAGUUGUUCCCCAUGAAAAGGUGAUCAACCGCGUCCGUGCCAUGAGGGAGAAGGCUCUGGCAUCUGCUCCUAAGUAACCUAUUUUGUGGCCGAGCAUGAGAAUGUCUACUUUCCCCGAGUUGGCAGCGUCACCAACUUUAUUGCGAUGUUUGGUUUCAGUACUUGUGGACUCUUUUGUUAUCAUGUCCUUCAAUAAGAGCCGUAGUUGUUUGUUGUUGUGAAUUCGAGUUCUGGUAAUGUUAUGAAUUCACAGCAAGAUAUUACAUGAGCUGAGCGACAUGAAAACUAGUAGGCAUAAGAACAAAUCUAAAUCCCAUGCUUUUUACCCAGCAACAAGGGAAAGGUCAAGAAAUCAGAGAUAUUUUGAUUGUCCUCUUA